AAAACAAAAUUCAUUCCAUUACCAGUUACCACCAAUGUACAGACAGGAUCCAAUUGCUGCAUUUAAGAACCCCCACCCACGCUUACAAAAAGCGAACAAACAUUAAAAUACUACAAACACCCCAGAAAAAAACCACUUUGACGGAGAACAAAAAAAACAAACAAACAUGGCUGUUGCAAGCGAGAAAUUGGUGCCGGAGGGAAAAGUUUGGAGUCUAUGCAAACUGCCCUUUUGGCAUUCAACCAAUUCUGCACCUUCUUCUUCUUCUUCUUCUUCUUCUUCUUCUUUCAGGAAGCCGCACGACAAUGUCUUGGCAGGUGAUCAUCACCCCAGUAUUCUUCACAGCACCGCCACUUCUAAAGCCACUUCUAUGAGCAUCAAGUCUUUUCUUCCCACUCGUCGCAGGCUCAGUCUUGAUCCCUCUAACAAGCUCUAUUUUCCCUAUGAACCUGGGAAACAAGUCAGGAGUGCUAUCAGAAUCAAGAAUGUCACCAAGGCUCAUGUUGCCUUUAAGUUCCAAACGACUGCACCAAAAAGUUGUUACAUGCGUCCACCAGGGGGUAUACUAGCUCCCAAUGAAAGUAUUAUUGCUACAGUUUUCAAAUUUGUCGAGCCUCCUGAGAAUAAUGAGAAGCCAGUUGGUAUGAAGAGCAGGGUGAAGUUCAAGAUCAUGAGCCUAAAAGUAAAAGGGGAUAUGGACUACGUUGCAGAGCUGUUUGAUGAACAAAAGGAUGAAGUAGCAGUUGAACAGAUACUAAGAGUAAUCUUCCUUGACGCGGAGCAUCCUUGCCCUGCAUUGGAGAAACUUAACCGUCAACUGGCUGAGGCAGAGGCGGAGCUUGAAGCACGCAAAAAGCCACCAGAAGACAAUGGGCCCAAAAUUGUUGGAGAAGGUCUUGUUAUAGAUGAAUGGAAAGAAAGGAGGGAAAGAUAUCUAGCUCGACAACAGGUUGAUGGGAUGAAUUCGGUUUAAACAGAUUUAGCGCGAUUCCUCUACUGAAUACAAAGCUUAUUUUGCUUCCUUUAGGAGAGAAAGCCAUCUCUUAACAUGAUAUGAGAACCAGUCUAAUGCAUGCCUUUAAGUUGUAUAUAGAACUUUGCAUCAUUUCUCUGGCACAACUAUGAACAUUUAAAGUGAUUCCAUGUUUGAAGCCAAUCUGGAUUUGAUGUUGAAGGGAAUUGAAGCUUUUUUGUCAUGGCCGGUAUCAUUGCUACUGAUUAACAUUUUAUGAUUUUGUCCUCCAUUUUUGUAUAAGGUAAGGAUUAUACAUUCACAGUAGAGGGAAUGAGUUAUUUUGUCAAAAAGUGAAGUCUCUUUAUGAUAUUUGAUGAACAAUAUUAUACUUUAUAAGGGCCAAGUGGCAAUAUUUACUCAAGUUAAAGGUGUAGGUGGGCACUCUUCUUCAAUGAUAAGCUAUUAUGCUGCCUUUCUUUCCA